GAGGCGGAGGCGACGGCGCGGGAGGGAAGAUGGAGGAUUACCAGGCUGCGGAGGAGACCUCGUUCGUGGUCGAUGAAGUGAGCAACAUCGUCAAAGAGGCUAUCGAGAGUGCCAUCGGUGGGAACGCCUACCAGCACAGCAAGGUGAACCAGUGGACCACGAACGUCGUGGAGCAGACGCUGAGCCAGCUCACCAAGCUGGGGAAGCCGUUUAAGUACAUUGUGACCUGUGUCAUCAUGCAGAAGAACGGAGCUGGGCUGCACACAGCGAGCUCUUGCUUCUGGGACAGCUCCACCGACGGGAGCUGCACGGUGCGCUGGGAGAACAAGUCCAUGUACUGCAUCGUCAGCACCUUUGGCCUGUCCAUCUAGUGCCCGCCCGCCCGCUGGCCCUCCUCUCAGCAUCUCUGCUCCUCGGCCACCAGCCACGGGUCAGCCACCACCUCUCGUCUCAUUUGUUUCUUUUGUCUGUCUGGCUUUUGUGGCGCUCUCCACAUGUAGAGAACACCAACCAAAGGGCUGCACCACCACACCGGCCCCUGAGGCCGCCAGAAGCCGUGUGGACACGUGUCUUAACUCGCUCUCCUCAAAGGUGCUCAAACGGAAAUCUGCUCGUGUGGAACUUUCGCUACUCUGAAACGAUUCACACGCACUACUUUCUCCAUACUUUGUGCUUUUGUUAGGAUAAUAAAUUAUUCCAACUUCA